CAGGCACUUCGUGUCCGAAAGAUGCACAGCGACACUUAGCGACCGCGAACCAUGCGACCUCUGCGACCUCGAGCCUUGCAAUGGUGAGCCUCGAGGACUGCGAUUGUGCUCUUUGCCAUGAGCUGAUCGUUCACCCGGUGGUCUUGCCCUGUGCCCACGUGUUCUGCCAGGGCUGCUUGGCCGCGUGCCUGCAGAGCUCUGGCGGGCGGCGUUGCCCUCUCUGCCGCCGGCUGCUGCAUGCAACCAAGACUGAGGACUUGGCGGUUUGCAGUCUUCUCAGUUCUCUCCUAGAGGAACGCUUCCCGGAAGAAUACCAGAAACGCAAAGCUGAUGCCAUUGCACCGGAGCUGGUGCCCAACACAACCGCGGAUGAGGAGUUAGGACUCUUUGUCUUGGAACCUCUUCUGCCACUGCAGCGAUUGCACCUGAACGUUUUCGAGCCCAGAUACUGCGCCUUGAUGCGCCUGGCGCUCGCCAGCGGCCGCCGCUUUGGAAUGGUCGGAUUCGACAGCAGCAUGAGCCACUUGCCAUGUGGGACAGAGGUCGUCAUUGAGGACUGUGUGCAACUUCCCAAUGGCCACUUUCAUGUCCGUGUGGUGGGCACCCGUGUCUUCCGGAUCCUGGAGGCCUCCCAGCAUGCUGACGGCUACCUCGCCGCUGCCGUGAGCUAUCCGCCAGUGGAGGGCGAUGCGGACGGGAACGACACCGGACGCGAUGCCGAGGACUUGGAAGCGAUGCUGAAGGAUCUCAAUGACUGGCAGGCCCUGGUCCGUGCUGAGCGGCCGCAGCAGCUCGGGAAGAUCUUGCAAGAUCUGGGGCCACGGCCGCCAGCGAGCCAACCUGGUGCAGUGGCCUUGUGGGCGGCGGCGCUGUUGAACCCGCUGCCGCCCUUGGGUUUGGCGCCCGAGUUGAGGGCCGAGGUCCUCACGGCCGGAGGCCCUGAACGGCUGCGCCUGGUGCGACGAGGCUUGGAGACCUCGUUGGGCCACUUGCAGGCCUUGGCGAAGUCGCCGCUGCGGAGGUACUGCCUCUGGAUUUUCCGUUUGCCCGCACCGGUGGCCAUGACCGCUGUCAUGGUUUGUGCCUGUUUGAUCUCUGCGAUCUUCCCGGCCAAAGAAUAGAGCCGCAGACUUUGAAGGUAGCACUGGUCAAUCUUCUUCGGGCACAAUUGGUGAGCCACUUGAGAGCUGUUCCCAAUCUGGCCCUUGACACACAGAAAGCCAAAGUUUUCCUCAUCUUUCCUCCAAGUGAUGAUCACUAUUAUUUUGAUUCUUCUUGCAGAAAUCUGUUCUGUGAGAGCAACUAUCC